AUUUCGCGAAAGUGCUGUUGGGAAAGUGCUGCCAUCUAAACACGUCGACAUGGGGAAGAUAAACAGAAAAGUAGCACAGCAGCUGUUAACGUUGUUUACAUCAGAAUUUCUCUUAUUUUUGAUUCAGAAAAAUUGAAUCGAAGCCGCCCAUUUAUUGAAUUGAUUUGUACCUUGCAGAAGCCGCGCUGCUAAAGGAAAACCUCAUGGUCAUAACAACAUGGAAAGUGACUUGAGUCCCCAGGAUAAAAAAGACUUGGAUAAGUUCAUUAAGUUCUUUGCCUUGAAGACUGUACAGGUGAUAGUCCAGGGUCGCCUCGGUGAGAAGAUAUGCACUCGCUCGUCUUCGUCUCCUACUGGCUCUGACUGGUUUAAUCUGGCAAUCAAAGACAUCCCAGAAGUAACCCAUGAAGCUAAGAAAGCAUUGGCUGGCCAACUGCCAGGCGUCGGACGCUCAAUGUGUGUGGAGAUCUCCCUCAAGACGUCGGAGGGGGACUCAAUGGAGUUAGAGACUUGGUGCCUGGAGAUGAAUGAAAAGUGCGACAAGGACAUAAAAGUGUCGUAUACCGUCUAUGACCGUCUAUCCGUCCUUCUUAAAUCUCUGCUGGCGGUCACCAGAGUAACGCCUGCCUACAAACUGUCCCGAAAGCAGGGACAUGACUAUGUGAUAUUGUACAGAAUCUAUUUUGGGGAGGUACAGAUGAGAGGAUUAGGAGAAGGUUUCCAGACGGUACGUGUUGGUGUUGUGGGAACCCCCGUUGGCACUCUCACGCUUUCUUGUGCCUAUCGCACCAAUUUGGCUUUAAUGUCAAACAGACAGUUUGAGCGAUCAGUGCCCAUUAUGGGGAUCAUCGUGGACCAUUUUGUGGACCCUCCCUGCGGCAGCCAGCGACCUGCAACCAUGGGUCAGCCCUGCAACUACAGAGCGCCAGAUGACGAUGAUGGGGAAGCAUUUGCAGGAGUUCAAGAUUCACAGGAGGUUUGCACUACUUCCUUCUCCACUUCCCCUCCCUCGCAGUGCAUCUGCACAUUGAGUCCUUCUCCUUCUAAACUGUCUAAGGCUCUUCCUCUGGACAAUCCCCAAUUUCCACUGGUUACCGGGAUGGUCACUCACACUCUGUACGCUUCUAGGCUCUCCUAUCAGCCUACUGUUCUAGCAGGGACUACUGAGCUGUGCCAUACUGCCGUCAAUCCAAACCAGGCACUGCAUGCUGGCAAGGACGACGGGGUUGUGUUGCAUCCAGCGCAGGCCUAUCAUUGCCCUGAUGCCCAAGUGACAGUGGAGCACAUGCCCAACACGCCUGGCAGCAGCGGUGACGAUGACCUUUUGUCCCAAAGCGGAGACGGAAGGAGAAGUGCUUCUCCUUCCGACCCAGUCGCGUCUCUUAAUGCUUUCACAAGGAAAGUUGGAGCCUUUGUCAAUAAACCCAAUACACGGCACUCCGCCACAAUGGACCUGCCAUUUGCGGCAUUUGCUCCCCGAGGUCUAGAUUCUGAAGACAAUGAUCCCAUGGUACAUCCUCCGGACUCUCCUCCUUGCAUGUCCCCUCUGCAGGCCAGCCUUCACUCUCAGGGCUCAGAAGAAUCAGGGCAGCAAGAUGACUUUGUCAUGGUCGACUUUCGGCCGGCGUUCUCGAAAGACGACUUAUUGCCAAUGGAUUUGGGAACGUUCUACAGAGAGUUCCAGAAUCCUCCACAACUGGCCAGCCUCUCACUUCACAUCAGUUCCCAAUCGAUGGCCGACGAUCUCGUGGACUCGCUCCCGGAAAAGCUGGCCAUCUACGAGAGAAACAUUGAUGAAUUUGACGCCUUCGUGGAUAUGCUCCAAUAGAUGGUAGCAGCAAGCAAGAAGUUGUCAGAUGACCUACAAGACUCCACUACAACCAAGUUUCUUUUCUGACACUCUUCCUUCAUCCCCAAGCUUGUACAGAACGCUCACUUGUAAAUACAAUUGUCGCAACAGGCGUACGCCCACCUCCAGUAUGAACAACACUGAUCAUGUCACUUUAAGCAACCGUGCAAAUGAAAGCAUGUCCACUUUAAUGUGCACAAGAGGAAGUCAGGGACUCAACCGGCUACACUUGACCUAACUUCAAUGGCUUUUAGCUUCACACAGUAACUAUAACCAGCUGCUCAAAGUGUUCAGUCUUAAAGGACAAUUUUUAAGCUCAAACUUCCCAGCUGGCCUGUGGAUUUCAGUCAAGUGGAUAUCAUUAUGCUUUCCACAGAUCUGUUGUGCAGUUAAAGUGCCUGUGACACACACAAAAAAACUUAAAUAGCAUUUUUAUGUGAAUUCAUAUUGAGAUUCGAAUAUACUCAACAACUUGGCAAAGCACAGAUGACAAGAAAUGAGUCUUAAUCUGCCGUUCAGCCCCGCCAGCCAGUAUAGCGCUCUAGCGCCGUCAUCUGGGUGAUGACAUCAGCAGAGUAACUAUUUCAGCAGAUUUAGAACUCAGCACAUUGAGGGCGGACGAUUCAGAACGAGGAAAAUGUGACAGAGCAGCAAAAUGUCAUCGUUUUAAUCUCUCUACUCCAAUAUUUUUAAAGGCUAUUCUUUUUCUCUAAAUAUUUUUCCGGAAUUGGUAAUUUUAUGGUCCUGAAAUAUUAAAAAUGCAUUUAUUCAGUACGACAGGUUUAAAUCACUGCAUAAUGGUAAAAACUGCUGACUUUAACCUCCCGAAUGGUAUUUUAUGCCACCGGAGUUGGUCCGGCUUUUGUCAUUUCGCUGCACCAGCUGCAGAGACGGCGGAAAAAGU